AUGCUGCUCCUUAUCCUCUUUUGUUUAACUUCUCUGAUCAGCAGCACCAAUGCAGAGUGUGGCCUCCGACCAUCUUACGAGUCCUUUCUGCGGACCGGCAAGAGGAUCACAGCGGGGAGAUACGCCACGGUGGGGGAGUUCCCAUGGCAUGUGAGCAUCCAGAGCAACGGGAAACAUAUCUGCGGAGGCACCAUGAUCAGCGCAUUGUGGAUUUUAACUGCAGCCCAUUGCUUUGCAGAAGAGGUGCCACCGGAUCUCACUGUUGUAGUGGGGGGAAUUGACCUCAACUUUCCACUGGAAAAAUAUAAGCCAGACAGCUUGAUCCUCCAUGAAAACUUUGACAGAAUGAGCAUGCAAAACGAUAUUGCUCUGAUCCUGCUCAGCUCUCCCAUCGAGUUCAGCCAUGAGAAAAUCCCCAUCUGCUUGCCCUUCAUGUAUGACAUCAAUACGUGGCAACACUGCUGGGUUGCUGGGUGGGGAACAAGAAGUACAGCGGUUGCGGUGCCAGCAUCCCACGUGCUGCAGAAAGCGCGGAUGAAGCUCAUCAGCAGGGAACAGUGCUUGGAGCGGAUCCCACAGCUAGUGGAGAACGUGCUGUGUGCUGAGCUGGAGAGAGGAGAAAAAGGCACCUGCCAGGUGGACAGCGGGGGACCUCUGGUUUGCAGCUACUGGAACACCAUGAAGUGGUUUCAGGUCGGCAUCGUCAGCUGGGGACAAGAUUGUGCAGAAAAGCCAAACCAUGAGAUCUUCAUAUCUGUUUACAACUACCGUGGCUGGAUCGAGACCGAGACAGCCAUAAGGGGGAAACCUUUCUUCAUUGAAGGCAUGGAUAAUGACGCCAAUGCUGGGGUGGUUCUUUCCAGGGCUGAGACACAGCUGGUGUUUCUUCAGUAUUGUCUCCUUUUAUUUAUCUCUUUAAUAGCAACUAGGUUACUCUAG